AUGAUGCCACUAAUUGUAGAAGAAACGACAGUGCCAUCGGUAACACAAGAAACAACGGUACAACCAGUAGCAGAGGAAAUAACGACAAUGCAACCAGUUACAGAGGAAACAACGGUACCAUCAGUUAAAGGGAAAACAACGGCGGUGCAACCACUUACAGAGGGAACAACGGUGCAACCAUUUAUAGAGGGAACAACGGUGCAACCAUUUAUAGAGGGAAUAACGGAACAACCAUUUAUAGAGGGAAUAACGGUGCAACCAUUUAUAGAGGGAACAACGGUGCAAUUAGUAACAGAGGAAAUAACGACAGUGCAAUCAUUUACAGAGCGAAUAAAGAUACAACCGAUACCAGAGAACACGACGUCAUUAUGUGUAGAGGAAACAGCGGUGCAACCAGUAAUAGAGGAAAUAAUUGUAGUGCAACCGUUUACAGAGGAAAUAACAGUGCAAACAACAGAGAAAACAACGAUGUCACCAGUUAUAGAAGGAACAAUAGUGCAACCAGUAACAAAGGAAAUAACGACAGUACAACCAUUUACAGAGGUAACAACAAUGCAACUAUUUACAGAGGCAACAACGAUGCAACCAUUUACAGAGGUAAUAACGGCGCAACUAUUUACAGAGGCAACAACGAUGCAACCAUUUACAGAGGUAAUAAUGACGCAACCAUUUACAGAGGUAACAACGGUGCAACCAUUUACAGAGGUAACAACGGUGCAAUCAUUUACAGAGGUAACAACGGUGCAACCAGCAACAAGGGAAAUAACGACAGUGCAACCAUUUACAGAGGGUAAAACGGUACAACUAAUAGCAGAGAAAGCAACGAUCCCACUAGUUACAGAGGGAACAACAGUUCAAAAGAAAACAACGAUGUCACCAGUUACAGAAGAAACAACAGUGCAACAAAUAACAGAGAAAACAACGAUUCCAUCGGUUACAGAGGGAACCACAGUGCAACAAAAGGAAACAACAAUGCCAACAGUUACAGAAGGAACAACAGUGCAACAAAUAACCGAGAAAACAACGAUGCCAACAGUUACAGAAGGAACAACAGUGCAACAAAUAACCGAGAAAACAACAAUGCCAACAGUCACAGAAGGAACAACAGUGCAACAAAUAACCGAGAAAACAACGAUGCCAACAGUUACAGAAGGAACAACAGUGCAACAAAUAACCGAGAAAACAACGAUGCCAACAGUUACAGAAGGAACAACAGUGCAACAAAUAACCGAGAAAACAACGAUCCCAACAGUUACAGAAGGAACAACAGUGCAACAAAUAACCGAGAAAACAACGAUGCCAACAGUUACAGAAGGAACAACAGUGCAACAAAUAACCGAGAAAAUAACGAUGCCAACAGUUACAGAAGGAAAAACAGUGCAACAAAUAACCGAGAAAACAACAAUGCCAACAGUCACAGAAGGAACAACAGUGCAACAAAUAACCGAGAAAACAACGAUGCCAACAGUUACAGAAGGAACAACAGUGCAACAAAUAGAAAAAACAACGAUUCCACCAGUUACAGAGGGAACGAUAGUGCCACCAGUUACAGAGAGAACAACGGUGCAACCAACAGAGAAAACUGUACAACCAGUUACAGAGAGAACAACUGUGCAACCAGUUACAGAGGAAACAAUGGUGUCAACAGUUACAUGGAAGACACCAAUGUCAUCGAUGUCCAAAAAAACACCGACAAGCAGUGGAAUGACAACAACAGCGAUGACAGAAGGUAAUUGCUUCUUUAAUUUAUAA